UCGCCGCCGGUACCGAGUGCACGCCCAUGUGCGAACGCGGUUCUGGUACACAUUUACGUACGGUAGGUACACGCCGUGAACACGUACAUGAUGCUUACAUUCGGGUGACCGUGGUCGUGUUGUAUAACACCUCCGCGCGGGUUUCGGACAGGCAGCGGAAGAAACCUGUCUCUAGCGCGUUUCAGUAUCCGUCCGCGUUUCGGUCAGUGCGCGCUUUCCGACCGUCCGCGCGGUGCGUCGCGUUCCGAGAACGUUUUGCUGCACGUUGUUCAUCGUUACUCUCCGGGUACAACCGUACGGUAUCGUAUCGCGAAUAUCGGAUUACACCGCAUUGUAUUGCGUUACGUCGCCGUAUCGGUUAGACGUUUGAAAAUAAAUUCAACAACACGUCCGCGAGUAAAAGUAAAUUAUUUUAAUGUUCACUACGGGUAUUCAUUCGGCUACCGUAUAACUUAUGUGCGGGCGUGCGUUGAUUCACUCGUUGUACCGUUGUGUUCGCCGUGGUGAACUGACGAGGAACGUUCGGUGAAAACCGAGAGAUGUAUGAUUAACCGUUUCAAUAAAAAAACAAAAAAAAAUCGUUUAGUGUACACUGGCCGUGCGAUUACGGGACGAGAUGAAAUCCGACCAAAAAUAAAUACAAUCUGCAGAGAAUAUCUUUAAGGCUCGAAGCAUUGUAUUCAACAUCGCACCGAUCGCAAUAAUAGAAAUGGAUCAAAACUACGGCGAUGAGUACGAACGGUUGCUGAGCGAGGGAGAUCGAUCGGAUACGGACGACCGUCACGAUGACAAGCACCCGCAAUCGUCACAGGACCAGUUGCAGCCACGACAGCAACCCGUCGAGAUCGGACAGAAAGUUGCUUACGGCUUUGGACACGUGUUCAACGACAUCACCGCAACCAUUUGGUUUUCCUACACCAUGGUGUACAUGCAAGAUGUCGUCGGCAUGUCUCCAGCCAUGGCAGGAUUUUUGCUGUUUUUCGGACAAACCAUAGAUGCCAUAUCAACACCUUUCGUGGGAAUUAUUGUUGAUAAAUUCGGAAACAAAAAAAAUUGGAUUCUAUUAGGCACUGCAUUGAAAACCAUAAGUUUCCCGUUAAUAUUUUACAUUUGGAAUCUAUCCAUGUUCGUAACCACUAUGAUUUAUGUUUGCGCAAUAUUUACGUUCCAAAUGGCAUGGGCUCUUGAUCAAAUUUCUCAUUUGUCUUUGAUACCUGAAUUGACGAGUUCAUCUGUAGAGAGGGGAAAAUUAACUUCAAUAAGAUAUAUGUUCAUAGUAUCCACGAAUAUUUUAAUGUUUAUUAUCGCUUGGUUCAUAUUCAGGGGUGUACGUAGUAAUAGCAACUGGAGCAGUCUCAUUGGUCCUAAUGAUUCACAAAAAUUUCAAAUAUUAGCAUUAAUCACCACAAUGGUUGGAGUGUUUUCUGCAUUGAUUUUCCAAAUGUUUUUGAAAAAUCCCAGAAAUAAUUAUAGAAAAUUGACCUAUGGACAGAACCGAGCGGUGAACUUUAAUAAAAUAAUUAAGUUUUGUAAAACCAUGCAGUUAUAUCAAGUGGCCGUUGUGUUUACGACGUGUAAAUUGUUGAUCAAUAUCGCUCUAAUUUACAUACCACUUUUUAUCAACGAAUCGGCAAUCGAUGAGUCCGGCACUAUUGCUAGCAUACCAUUAGUGGCGUAUUUGUCUUCUUUAGUCACCUCAAUAGGUGUGGAAUACAUCAAACCCCGAUAUAAAUCCGAUAAAAUAAUUUUUACACUGGGCAGCAUAACAUCAAUUUUUGGAUCGUGCUUAGUUUUCUUCAAUCCAAAUAAUGAACUAACAUACCAUUACUUAUGUUUGGCAGCUAUAUGUUUUGGUUCAGGAUCUGCAAUUACUUCGGUUCUAAGUCUUAGCAUCACAGCCAACUUAAUUGGAAAUGAUACAGACUGUGGAGCAUUCAUUUAUAGUGCAGUAACAUUUUCUGAUAAAUUGAUCAAUGGUUUGGUAAUCAUUGGAAUAGAAUUAAUGAAAUGUACAAAUUUGGAAGAAUGUUCUCACUACUAUAGGGAUGUCUUGGCAUUUAGCAGUGGAUUACUUGCCCUAAUAGGUUUAUUCGUAUUUUUAUCAAUACCAAAAAAACUUAUAAAAGCAUCAAAAAAUGCAUCAUCUCACAUAGGUUUUUAAUUAAAUUGUUGAUAUUAUGAAACUUGAAUGUUCCUUUGUUAUUUUAAGGAUUUAGACUUAUAAAGAGUAUAGAUUGAAUAUUUUUAUAAAUUAAUAAA